AUGUCGUACACUUACAGAGACCGCGAAAGAGACUGGGACGAGACCCGUCCCGUGUCAAUCAAGCGUUACGUCAUUUCUCCUGAAGACGAUCGUCGAGACGACCGUCGAGACUUCAUGUCGAGACAUGAUGAUUCUUUCGGUGGUGAGCGCGAGUUGGUAAUCCGGCGCAAAACGGAUCGUGAUGAGCCUGUGACCGUCUCGCGAUAUGAGCGAGAGGUGGAGUAUGAGCCACCCACACGCUACGAGAGAGAUUACUACGAUCCCCGCACUUCGUAUACCAGUCCCCGUGAAUCCGAGUAUGAUGUCGUGCGCCGCUCCGAGGCUGACGAGGAUCCGUAUUACUACCACCGUCACCGCCGAGUCCGCGAGUACGACGACCAUCGCUCCCGGCGUGAGCUGAGCCCUGAUGAUUCAGUCUCCCAGACUAGUCGCCGCCGCCGCGGUGAUCGUGAUCAGGACUACAGCAGCGAUGACAGCAUGGUCUACAUCCGGAAGGAAACCCGUGAUUAUGAUGACCACCCUCACCACCGUCGCCAUAUGGCAGAGGGUGCAUUGGUAGGUGCUGGCGCGGCUGAGUUGUUCCGCAGCCACAGCAAAAAGGAUGGCGAAGUCAGCCAUGGCGCCAGCCGUAUCGGUAAGACUGUUGGUGCCGGUGCUCUUGGUGCAGUCGCUGUGAAUGCUGCAUCGCGUGCUCGGGACUACUACCACCGUAGCAAGAGCCGCCAUCGUGCUCAUUCCUUUGAAGAUGACCGUUCUUCCCAUCGCCACAGCAGACAUGGCCGGAGUCAUCGCAGUCGCAGUCGCAGCCGCUCUCACUCGCACUCUCGUGCAAAGACUCUCCUCGAGCUGGGAGUUGGUGCCGCGGCCGUGGCUGCUGGUGUGGCUGCAUUGCGUAGCAAGUCAAAGGCCGGAGACCGCAAAGGCCGAUCUCGCACUCGCUCCCGUUCUCGGGCUGUUAGUCGGGGUCGCUCGGAGAAGGAUGGAGAACAGGGUGAACGAAGCAUGUCUGAGCGCCGCAAGCACAUGGCUGGCGCUGGACUGGCCGGUGCGGCCGUGGCUGGCCUGGUUGAAAAGGCCCGCAGCCACUCGCGCUCUCGAAAGGGUGAGCGCUCCCGCUCCCGCAGUCGUUUGAGACAAGCUCUUCCCAUUGUGGGUGCCGGUCUUGCAACUGCUGCUGCCACCGGCCUCUAUGAGAAGAAUAAGAGUGACAAAGAUGAAAAGGAGGGCUCGAGCCGGGGCCGCCAUCGCUCAAGGUCUCGCAGCCGCGCCCCGUCACAGUCCUAUCCCGAUCCGUCUCGCGACUCGGCCGGCCUGAUCGAAUACGGCAACGAUCCAGUCGCAGGCAGUAUCCCAUCUGAGCAUUACUACGGUCAGCCUGGCGCGCCUUACUACGAUGCACAGGAAGCCUACGGUCCCAGACGUCAUACUCGCAGCCGCAGUCGCAGCCGAGCCCGUUACAGUAGUUCAUCUGGUUCUGACCGCGAAGGUCACCGCCGACGAAGCGGGAAGCACCGUAGCCGCUCAAGAGACCUUGCGGGCGCCGCACUGGGCGCAACGGGGCUCGGGUAUGCUGCACACAAGUAUAACGAGCGUCGCAAGUCCAAAGAGCGCGAACGCGAACACUCUAAGCGUGACGACCACAUCCACCGUGAUCCUUAUGAAGAAUCCUAUGACCCAGAACCAUACCCGCUUUCCCCGCAGACGGCCCCGGGUGCCCCGCCCAUGGCUGACCCCCACUACUACCCCAACAACAACUAUUUCCCCCCGCCCCCAGGCGACUCAACCUACAACCUGAACAGCGGUACCCCUGUUUCCUACAAUCCUGCAGACUACCCUCCUCCACCCGGCGCUGCCCCUCCCCAGCCUUACGCCUAUGGUGCCGCACCACCAGGACCAGGACCGGGACCCGGGCCAGGACCCGAGCAGUACGCACCUCGGCCGCGUAGGGCUGAUGACAAUGUGAGCAGCUCCACCCUACCUCCUGAUGCAAACCAUGCGCACAAGGGUGGGUUCAAUGAACCACAACUGUCUAAACAUCCACCCAUUUCCACCUCCCCCCGGUCAACUAGCCAACCACCACAAGUCUCGAAAUCCGUCGCUUUCGACUUGACGGAUUCCCCACGUGAUCCUGGCUACGAGACUGAUGAUAGUGACUCUACCGUUGAAUCAUAUUCAUAUUCGCGUCGCGGAGAUAGAAACCACCGUCGCGAUCGAGAUCAUGACAGCCAUCACCGAUGUCGCCACCGUUCCUCGUCUGUCCCCUAUCCGCCUACGCCCUAUCCCAGUCCUGGUUCUAGUCACCAUCAGCAUCACUCACCAGCCCCAAGACACCACGAGGAAAGAGACCAGAACAAAGCCUCUGGAGCAGAGUCUGACUCAACUAUCGACCUACCCAACCGCUUUGACGGGCAAGGCCGUCUUCUUCCCGAGCGGGACCCUGCCGUGGAUAAAUUCGAGGACCUGGUGAAUAAGUUUAGCAAGGUUCUGUUCUAG